AUGGCUGGUCAUCACCACGAACACGGGCAUGAGCUUCAGCAUGAGCACGAACAAGAACAUGAGCAUGAUUUCCUUCAACGGCCUCCCACUGGAUCAGAGAGGACUAGAAGCAUAUCGUUUUCUAAAUUACUGACGCGGUCGUGGAAACGGAGUGGCAGCUCCUCCAAUAACGUGAGUGCAUCGAGUGUGAACUUGUACGGUGACGCAGGGGAGACCUCCAAAGAAUCGGAUCACAAUAACAGUGGCUCAGACGGUCAGUCUUCACGAUUUUCUAAGUUGAAAAGUAUGUUCCAAUCCGGUAACAACAGCAAAAAUGCUAGUGCCCAUAACAGCAGUCAGAGCAGUAUGGAAGGUGAUUCCACGUCAUCUUCAUCCAAACUGAGGUACGUCAAGCCCAUAGCUUCUCCAGCAAAUGCUCCUUCGCCAUCUCCGCCCCUUUCUCCCACCAUUCCAGAAAAGGACAUUUUGCAGACACCCAGAAUGGUGCAUAUAGAUGAACACGAGCACGAACGUGAACAUUCGUGUGGCGGGUCCCCAAUUCUGCUCUCAUCACCUUCUUUAAGUCCCACUAUCGCUAGGGCCGGAACUGGAAGAAAAAGAUCUCCCUCCACUCCAAUAAUGCCCAGCCACAACUCAAAUGAUAAUAGCGGCAGCUCUGCUGCAAGACCAAAUAACCACCGACACCACUCGAGUUCUCAGGGGUUUUCUUCUAAUAACCCGUUUAGAGAAAGAACAGGCACGGUGCGUGGGAGUAACCCAUAUUUUGCAUACCAAGGCCUACCAACACACGCCUUGUCCUCUCAUGAACUAGAUGAAGGCCCUCAGUCAUACCCGAAUGCUGGCGGCAUUCAUUUUUUAUCUACGCCCACCUCAAAGGCAAACUCUUUGACAAACGGUAGGAACUUAAGUAACUUGUCAUUAAACGAAAUCAAAGAAAAUGAAGAAAUGCAACAAUUCAGUAAUGAAGAUUCCUUUUUUCACGAUAUUCCCAAAGACGUGUCCUUGAAAGAUACUUUGAAUGGCUCCCCCAUCAGAGAUUGUUCAAAGAGCCCAGAAAUUGCCCAAUCGUUUCCGUCGAUUGUUGUGGGGUACAGCAAUGAGUUUGGCGAAGAUAGCGACAAAGAUGAUGGCAAUGAAGGGAGAGAACAAAAGAUGAAGACCAAGAGCAAAUCCAAACAUACUUCACUCACUAAGCCAAAUGGGAAAUCAGCCCACCCAAGAACAAAGGUACCCCUAAGAAGAGCAGCAUCAGAGCCCAAUGGUUUACCACUAGUGUCUCCCGCAUCGGCACCCUCUUCUACUUCGGCACCGAAGAAGCCGGAUUCCUUCAAAAUAAACGAUAAUAGUCUUGGUGGGUCGGCGCAUCCUUCAAAUUUUCUUUUCCCUCAAGAACCACCUCCGAAGAUUUCAGAUUUACAAGAGCCAAGAAGAUCUCGACGUUUAAGAACCAAGUCAUUUAGCAACAAGUUUCAAGACAUCAUGGUUGGGCCACAAUCUUUUGAAAAAAUUAGAUUACUAGGUCAAGGUGAUGUAGGUAAAGUGUUUUUGGUAAGAGAGAAAAAAACGAACAGAGUUUAUGCUUUGAAAGUUUUAAGUAAAGACGAAAUGAUCAAAAGAAACAAAAUCAAACGUGUUCUUACAGAACAAGAAAUUCUCGCCACAAGUAAUCAUCCGUUUAUCGUCACACUAUACCAUUCAUUUCAAUCUGAAGAUUACUUGUACCUUUGUAUGGAAUACUGCAUGGGUGGGGAAUUUUUCAGAGCUUUACAAACAAGAGAAACCAAAUGCAUCUGUGAAGAGGAUGCAAAGUUUUAUGCUAGUGAAGUGACAGCGGCACUAGAAUAUUUGCACCUGCUAGGGUUUAUAUAUAGAGAUUUGAAACCUGAAAACAUCCUACUGCAUCAGUCUGGUCACAUAAUGCUUUCUGACUUUGAUCUAUCUAUCCAAGCCAAAGAUUCCAAAAUCCCUGUUGCGAAGGGUUCCGCACAAUCAACCCUUGUUGAUACCAAAAUCUGUUCAGAUGGUUUCAGGACCAACUCCUUCGUGGGUACUGAAGAAUAUAUUGCCCCUGAAGUCAUAAGGGGCAAUGGCCAUACUGCCGCAGUGGACUGGUGGACGCUAGGGAUAUUGGUCUAUGAAAUGCUAUUCGGCUUCACUCCAUUUAAGGGCGAUAAUACAAAUGAGACCUUUACGAAUAUUUUGAAAAACGAAGUCAGUUUUCCAAAUAACAACGAAAUUUCAAGAACUUGUAAAGACUUAAUCAAAAAAUUGCUAACCAAAAACGAAUCCAAAAGAUUAGGUUGUAAAAUGGGUGCAGCCGACGUGAAGAAACAUCCUUUCUUCAAGAAAGUACAGUGGUCUCUAUUGAGAAAUCAAGAGCCACCUCUCAUCCCAGUGCUAUCCGAAGACGGUUAUGACUUUGCCAAACUGUCAUCUAACAAGAAAAGACAAACCAGUCAAGAUAUCCAUAAGCAUCUCGAUGAACAGGAAAAAAACAUGUUUGAAGAACGUGUCGAGUACGAUGACGAAGUCUCGGAGGAUGACCCGUUCCACGAUUUUAACUCAAUGAGUUUAAUGGAACAAGAUAACAAUUCAAUGAUUUAUGGUAAUAGCAAUUCUUAUGGGAAAAUCGCAUACACUCCAAACUCCAACAGAUCAAGGAGUAACAGUCAUAGAACUUUUUUCAAACGGUAA